UCCGGGAGAGUUCUCCUGGCUCCCAGUAGGAGGCGGAGAGCCAAGGGGCGUGCAAGAGCGAGGGGGCUGGGCUCCCGGGUGGCAGGAGGCCGCGGCUGCUGAGCGGCCGCCCUCGAUCUGGGCGAUGGAGGAAGAAGCCAGCGAGGGGGCCGGUUCCUAAGCUUCGUAAUUCCUGUGUCGCCUUCUGGGCUCUCGGUCUGCCGGGUCGUAUGAUCCCUCCAGCCAGAGCUGCCUUUUUUUUUUUGCCAGCCUCCUCGAGGCCGGCUGAGUUACCGGCAUCCCGGCUGCCACCUCUUCUCCCGACCUAUAUGAUACAAAAGAUCUUCCGGGGGCUGCACCUGCCUGCCGUCGCCUGAGACGGAUUUGAAUAACCUCAUCUUGACUUUGGAUCUCAGAAGAGAACCACUAAGCAGAGACCAGACUCAGUGAGUGAGCAGGUGUUUUGGACAAUGGACUGGUCGAGCCCAACCCUAUUAUAAAAAUGUCUCUGAGCAACCGGGAGCUGGUGGUUGACUUUCUCUCCUACAAGCUUUCCCAGAAAGGAUACAGCUGGAGUCAGUUUAGUGAUGUGGAAGAGAACAGAACUGAAGCCCCAGAAGGGACUGAAUCAGAGAUGGAAACCCCCAGUGCCAUCAAUGGCAACCCAUCCUGGCACCUGGCAGACAGCCCCGCGGUGAAUGGAGCCACUGGCCACAGCAGCAGCUUGGAUGCGCGGGAGGUGAUCCCCAUGGCAGCGGUGAAGCAAGCGCUGAGGGAGGCGGGUGAUGAGUUUGAACUGAGGUACCGGCGAGCAUUCAGUGACCUGACGUCCCAGCUCCACAUCACCCCAGGGACAGCAUAUCAGAGCUUUGAGCAGGUAGUGAAUGAACUCUUCCGGGAUGGGGUGAACUGGGGUCGCAUUGUGGCCUUUUUCUCCUUCGGUGGGGCACUGUGCGUGGAAAGCGUAGACAAGGAGAUGCAGGUAUUGGUGAGUCGGAUCGCAACUUGGAUGGCCACUUACCUGAAUGAUCACCUAGAGCCUUGGAUCCAGGAGAACGGCGGCUGGGACACUUUUGUGGAACUCUAUGGGAACAACGCAGCAGCCGAGAGCCGGAAGGGCCAGGAGCGCUUCAACCGCUGGUUCCUGACAGGCAUGACUGUGGCUGGUGUGGUUCUGCUGGGCUCGCUUUUCAGUCGGAAAUGACCAGACACUGACCACCCACUCACAGUCCCACACCCCCAUCCUGCCUCCACCGCGUCCCUCUGUCCAGCCACCAUUGCCACCAGGAGAACCACUACAUGCAGCCCAUGGCCACCCACCCAUCACAGGGUUGGGCCUAGACGUGGUCCCCGCAGUUAGUUUUCUAGAAUCUACCAUGCUUCUGUGAGAGCCGCCUUCCCCAACACCUCAGUUCUCCUGGCCUCGAAACCCACAAAGUUUCCCCAAAAUCUGCCCCAUGAAAGCUAACAGGUAGUGGGGAGGGUUGUGGCUGGGGGCUAGAGUGCCCUGCCUGGUUGGUGGAACCCUCUUCCCCCUUAGCCUACCCAAGAACGCUUUCCUGCCAGGGAGCUGGAAAGUUUUCUGACCCUUUUCCCUAGAAAGAGAGACUAGAUUGCCUUCGUUUUGAUGUUUGUGGCCUCAGAAUUGAUCAUUUCCUAUCUCCUCCUCCUCCCGGACCUGGGCUCCCUUUCCUUUCAUCCCCACCGUCCAAGAGCCACUUAGGGGCCACUUCUGACUAAUUAGGGAUUCAGGCUGCUUGGGAUAAAGAAACAAGGACCAGGACCCCCUCCCCACCUCUGGCCUGGCCCAAGUCCCUACCCCCAAUCUCAAUGUCUUCUAGAGGCCUCUGACUAGUGGCCAGCCCAGCGGGAUGGAGGGGGCUAUGGCCGCAGGAAGCACCCCAUGCCAAAGCUUGGGUAGCCCUUGCAGUGUAGCACUACCCCAGUUCCCUUCCCCUUCCCUGGCUCCCAUGACCAUGACUGAGGGACCAACUGGGCCCAAGACAGGUGCCCCAGAGCUGUUUAUGGCCUCAGCUGCCUCACUUCUUGCAAGGAGAUCAGCCUGUGGCAUCUUUGCCUUAGGCUGCUGCCUGUGGGGUUCAGGAGCCUCAGCCCAGAGGUGAAGGGGAGCUACAGGGAGCAGCUGUGGGAGCCCUAGGGUCUUCCCUACCUCAGGCAGGAAGGGCAGGAAGGAGAGCCUUGUGUGUGGGGUGGAGGUAGGGCUGGCUGGAAGGGCCAGUCCUGCUGGGCCUGAAGAACUUGUGCCCCACCCCUGUUCAGCCUGGGCAGCUGGGCUGCCAAGGUCAGAGUGGCCUGGCCAGGAGCUCUUCAGGCCUCCCUCUCUCCUCUGCUCCACCCAUGGCCUGUCUCAUCCCUGGGGGUCCUGGCCUAGCCCUGGCCACCCCGGGCUCUCUGCUGUACAUAUUUGAGACUAGUUUUUAUUCCUUGUGAAGAUAAUAUUACUAUUUUUGUUAAGCGUGUCUGUAUUUAUGUGUGAGGAGCUGCUGGCUUGCUGUGCGCGUGCACGUGGAGAGCUGCUGCCCGGAGAUUGAACGGCCUGAUGCUCCCUCCCCUGCCCUGGUCCGGGGAAGCCAGCCGGGGGUCCUGGCUCCUGAGGGACACCUGUCCCUCCCCCCAACCCCCACCCCACACUUGUUCCAGCUCUUUGAAAUAGUCUGUGUGAAGGUGAAAGUGUUCAGUAAUAAACUGUUAAUUCAGUGAACAAA